CCUGUUCCUCGGUCCAGCGCUGUAGUCUUCCCGCGCCGGCUUCUUCCCGCCCCGGCAUCUGUCCGCAGUGUCUGGUCAUCCCUGUGCUGUCUGCAGUCUCUGGUCAUCCCCUGUACUGUCCGCAGUCUCUGGUCAUCCCCUGUACUGUGUCCGCAGUCUCUGGUCCAUCCCCUGUACUGUGUCCGCAGUCUCUGGUCCAUCCCCUGUACUGUGUCCGCAGUCUCUGGUCCAUCCCCUGUACUGUGUCCGCAGUCUCUGGUCCAUCCCCUGUACUGUGUCCGCAGUCUCUGGUCCAUCCCCUGUACUGUGUCCGCAGUCUCUGGUCCAUCCCCUGUACUGUGUCCGCAGUCUCUGGUCCAUCCCCUG